CAGCACACCCAAUGAAUCCCCAUCCUAGUAUAAACACUUUAAACCCGAGCAGACAGUCUUCUUUGAAAUAUCCGGUGUCGUGAAUGUGUGUCUGCAUUAUUCAGAGCGCGCUGCGCAUCACGGAGCUGAUUAGGAUUUCAGUAUAAAUAAGGCCGCAGACGGGACAGCUCGGCCUGUCCUGCCGCUGAUGUCGGAGAAGCUAUAGAGGUUAAACCCCUUCAAAGAGCUGCAAGCUGCUCCAACAUGCACACACUCUGACCCGCCUCACGGAUGGGACUAUACUCGAACCGGACCUACAGAGAAAUCCCGAGUUGUUCACGGUUCUACGCAAAACUAUUUGGCACAAGAGCGCAGUGAAGAUCCAUCGAUGUUUUUGCAGACUUUUUACUGGCACGUUGCGCAAACUACACAGACUCCCAAUAGCUAUAUGUGACCGUGAAGGUGUCAUUAUCAUUUUUACAUGUUUUGUAAUAAUAUCCUGCAGCUCCAGCGGAGGAAGCGACUCCUUCACCGGGUUGUUUUGGUUUCCAAGAGGGGGAAGGAGAAGUGUUUUGGGGAGUUGGAACUUUCACUGGAGUAGAGGACCUGAACACUUCUGCAGAGAUCGGGGAACGAGGACACUAAAGAGGAGUCCGGCGGGGCCAGAAACACGAGCAGAUGAUCCGACAGUCCGUAAACAAACCCAGAGGUUUGAUUUUCUCCUGUGGUGUUUGUGUGGAGCGUGCCACACACCCACUCCACAACAACGGCGGCUUUGGCUUGCAUCUUCCAGUGCUUCUUCUGUCAGCAAGUCCAGCAGAGCUGCAACUCUUCCAGUGCCAGCCCGGACACCAGCGAGGAGCCCUGCCCCACUGACAUGGUGAAGAUGACCAAGUCAAAGACCUUCCAGGCUUACCUGCCUAGCUGCCACCGCACCUACAGCUGCAUCCACUGCCGGGCGCACCUGGCCAACCACGACGAGCUCAUCUCCAAGUCAUUUCAAGGCAGUCAAGGAAGAGCCUAUCUGUUUAAUUCAGUGGUGAAUGUCGGCUGCGGGCCAGCUGAGGAGCGGGUUCUCCUCACAGGUUUACAUGCUGUGGCUGACAUCUACUGUGAAAACUGUAAAACCACCCUUGGCUGGAAAUAUGAACACGCGUUUGAGAGCAGUCAGAAGUACAAAGAGGGAAAGUUCAUCAUUGAGCUGGCACACAUGAUCAAAGACAACGGAUGGGAGUGAUGCUCCUCUUCUCACUCUCUGACCUUGGAAUGCUUUUUAGUGAACUGCAUAGAGCGAUGACCAUCGACCACCUUGCCCCCUCCCGAGCCCCCUUAAAAAGAAAAACUCCACGAACCUCCACCCCAUCGCCUCUUUCACACGCACACACACACACCCAGCUGCUCAUCGUGAGAGUGACAAAAUGGCGACAGAGGAGCAACUGGUGUGCUGUGAUUACUUUGAAGAGUGUGUGUUCUCCUUCACAGAGCGGGAUUUUUGGGGUCUGCUUUCCUCACUCUCACCCUCCCCUCACCGAACCACGCUAACAAGUGACUGUGGUGUCAUGGCGACCACUAUGCGAAUGGAGAUAGACUUCACUGAGAGGACAUGUGUUUGUUUUCUUUAUGUUGCUCACCCAGCGAGACGGGUGACGAUUUAUUUUUAAUGUUAUUUACUAUAUCUUUAUCUUCUGGGUUUAAGGACUUGGUUUGAUAGCAGAUGGGUGUUACUGGUUAGCAUUUUAUUUCCUGUCAAGUCUGUCCUGUUGUGUUUUUUUGUUGUUGUUGGUUUUUAUUUGUCUCUUUGCCUUUAGCUGAGCAUGCUUUUCUUUGCUGAUGUCCAAAUGAGCAAUCAGGGACGGGUGGGGAGCGGAGGGGAAAGGGAGUUUUUUUGUAGUUACAAAUAUGUAGCAGCAUCUUGCUUUAAAAAAAAAAAGAUGAAAAAAUUGGCGAAGGAUGGGAUGCAGUAGUGUGGGAUGUUAUUCCUGAUAUAUCUUUAUUGUUUUAUCUUUUUUUCUUUCUUGUUAAUUUUCUUAACUUCUCUCCCCUUCGGGUACUUCUCAGCACCCAAAAAGCAUAAGGAGCAGCACCUCCGAUGUGUUGGACAUAAAUGGAUAUGUAUAACUAUAAAUAUAUAUAUUUAAAUAUUUGUAGUGUUUGGCUAAGUGCGAUUGUGGCUGGUCCCAUUUUGCAGCAGUACAACAAGUUAAAAGAAGCGAAAAUAGUUUCUAGACUGGGGAACCUGACAUCAGUGGCCACAUGUCAUAAAGCAUUAAGGCUAGUAAUGAAACAAUCAGAGAGACAACUACAUAUGAAUAUAUAUAUAUAUAUAUAUAUAUAUAUAUAUAUACACACGCAUACUAUGGUUACAUAUCCAUAAAUGCUAUGAAACUGUUCAUAGUACGUAAAUAUUGGAACAUGGAUUCUGAAUAUGUUUGCUGUCGUGCACAUAUGACGUUGUGUAUAUGCAUUGUGUGUGUGUGGUCAUGCAUUACACAGUGACGUACUUGAACGUUGCUAUUUCGUUUGCACUUUGCAGAGGCCUUUGGUUCAUCUCAGUUUAGAGGCAAAACUUUAGUUCGCUCUUGUCUGUAUUUUUAUACUUUAGUUUUUUUAAAUGGCCUUUCUCACAGAUGAACGACAGAUUGUUGUAGACGGAAAGAAAGUUUGACCUGGACAGUUUGAGGUGUUUUCGUAGUUUUUCGUUACGACUGAAGCUAGAUGCUUCUACAAGUUUUGGUUUUAUUUCAAUAAGAUCAACAACUGAUGCUUUUCCUCUUAGUUUUUCUCGAGAAAAGUUUAGUUUCCGAUUCUUUGCCGCUAUCGUAGAAAUGCGGCCAUUUCCUUCUCGCUCUUGUAGGUCUUUUUGCACUUUAAAUGCUUAUCCGUCUCUCUCUCUUUCUCUUAGAGCAUAUGAAUUGUCUCUUUGUGAUUUGCCUCUAAGCCGUAUGAAUCUUGUGCCUCUUCAAAUCUCCCCUCUUAUUUUUCUGUUGUGCAGUGCAUAACUUGAAAAAUCCUUUGUGUGAACGAUGUGUCUUCCCCCUUCUGUGGCCCUCAAAAGAAUUGUUUUUCACAUAGAUCCUCAUAAAAUGUAUCUUUUUUCUUUUCUUUUCACAACAGAAACGUAUACAUAAACACUUUUAUUUUCUACAUUAAGAUUUAGAGGUGCAAAAACAGAUGGAUAUUUCUCAGAGUAAAGCAUAGAGGAGGAGGUUUGGAGCAUGCGGGAUGCCUUAGGCUUGUUGUUUGACUUUUUAUUGUAAGGAUAACAAAAAAAGUUGGCAGCAGGUGGAGGUUGGGCGGGAUGGGAGAAAUUUAAAAAUCAGCAGUGAUUGAUUACUUUGCCGGCAAGGUCAGUCAGAUCACAUGACCUUUUAUCCUAAAAAACGAUGACAAUGCAAACCCAUACCUACUUGAACAUUUAAAGACAUAAACAGCUGAGAUAUUGGCCCGUGUUAAAGUUUUUGUACAUAAACUAACAUAUUUAAGGUUUUAUACGUAUUUCUACUGGGUUGGUUCUUUUACUUCCCCAACUUGAAGCACUUUUGUUCACUGUACCCUGUACCUCUGACUGUGUGUGUCUGUGUGAGUGUGUAUGCAGGCCUGCACACGAAGGUGAAUGUUUAGUUUAUUUUCCGCAGACACUUUAUUUGUUUCUCUUUUUUUGGUUUGGAAGCGUUUUUAUUUGUCCUGAUGUUUUCCUUCUUUCGCAGCUGUUUGGUUUCUCUCCCGGUGAUCCGUGAGGUCGAGAGCCAGGUUAGUUUGUUUGGAAGUGAUGUAUCAUUGUUUUAUGUUGCUUUUCUGUUAGCUUGUUUAUUUAGCCUGUUUGGUGAGAGCCCGUUAGAGGGCCGAUGUUAAGGUCCCUGCUGAGCCGUGUGGACAUAGGGGGGCGAGCUGGAAUCUCCCACCGUGUCACAGGGAGACCCUUUCACCACUAGUCAGCAGGGCUUUCAGGGGAUGAGACGCACCCUCUGGCGGCCUUUUUGGAGGUUCUUAGCUGUUGUCACCGCUGGCUGUAUGUAUCUGAUUGUAUUUCUUAAUUUUGCUGGUUGUGACCGAAAAUGAAUGGUUACUUCCCUGAUAUAUUUGAUUUCUUGUUUUGAUAAAGUUAGCUUCUUACCUAUCGGAGCUCAGUCUCCACAUCCAGUUGUGGGACUAUUUUUAACUACUCUUCAAAUAAAGCACUCAGUAUUCCACAAUCCACUGCGCACAUGUCUUUUUAAAGGGGAACUGUUUUGGCUAACAGUCAGUGUUUCAAAUGUUCACCUGGCUGCCAUGAUUCAGAAGUUUACUUCAGGGGGCGUCGAUUGUUUUUACAACUCACUUUAGAUCAGUGUUUCUCAAACUUUUUAAUUCCAAGGACCACUUAACCAAUAAAAAAACACUCGCGGACCACCUAACUCCACAAAUAUCAAAAGACACAUCGUUGUUCUAGAACAGAUUACAAAUCGCCUGAAAAUGGUACAAACAAGUGGCAACAUGUGUGAUGAAGGUGUUGCGCUGGGCUAUAUCAUGCAAUCGAAAGUGAAACUUAACCUCGCUCAAUUGCGGAGAUAUUCCCGCGAGAGUGCGGGAAACUGACAUUUAUUUAUUUAUUUAUUUCAAAUGUGAAAUGUUACCAAUAUACUCACGGACCACUAGUGGUCCGCGGACCACACUUUGAGAAGCACUGCACGCACGCUAACUGCGUUCCUAGAGACACUGCACUCGGAAAAUAGCGAUGUGAAUAUUGAAAAAUAAAUGAGCUAGCCAGCUCCCAACGGAGUCCGUUUAACUAACGCUGGCCAGCCGCCUGCGGUGCUGCUUAUUUCUGUAACCAGUGUAGCAUGUUAGCAUAGUGGAAUUGGCUAGCUAGCUUAGUAAUAUGUUGCAAAAACAAUGGAUGCCACCGAGGGUGUGUCGCUACCCCUUGACGUCAGUGUCUGGUUGAGUAAAAGGUGCAACAGAGUACAUUUCGGACUACACUAAUCAGUGAUGCAGGGUGUAGAACCUUCAAACAGAAGCAUUCAAUCAAAACUCCUCAGCCUGGUGUUGUGUUUCUCUUUAAUGGUGCAUUUAAGCGAUUACGAAGGGAUCUCAUUGAUAUUUGUGUUCUUGUUUUCAUCAGUGCUAGUUAAAUGGCUACAUUUCAUGAACUCUGGUAUUCACCACUUUGUGGACCAUUUCAUGGUGAUACACUUGAAAACUACUGAGACUGAAAGUUCAGGUUUGGCUGUCUGUUUUUCAAGAGUCUGAUCAUAUAUCAUGAUCUACCCAAGCAAACAGGAGUUAAAACUGUUCAACCUACAUCAGACUCAUAUCAUAAAAUGUCUAAAUCCAGCCCUUGGUUUAGAUUGAUAACUUUAUGAACCUUUUCCAAUGACACUGGUAGAUACAUUUUUCUACAAACAAACAAAAACUACCUUACCAGACCAUUCAUGUCUGCCUAUGGUAAUUGAAUGGACUUGUUAGUUGUUCCAUGCACAGAGCCAGUUCCUCCAACGGACCAAGGCGCCAGCAGUGGUUGCUCGCAGAGCCUCUUUACUCGCCCUGCGCUCAGUCAGUUUAAGUUGAAUCAACAAAAAGCAGUUGCCAGUGUCACCGCCGGUGUGUACCAAAAAGACCCAGGUUCUACCGAAUGCAUUAGUGUCAUGUGUUAAUGGCGGGAAGGAAGUCAGGGGUCGAGCGUCUCCUGGAGAUUCAAAUUCUAUACCAAAAUGAAAGAGGAGAAAUCCUGUCUCGUAUGACAUUGUCUUUCGGUAGAAUGUUUUGAUUCUCUGAACACAACAGUGUCAAAGCAGCCUGGAUGAAAAUGCUAAUAUUUGCUGCUGAAAAACUGUUUACUUUUUAUUGUUAUUUUUGUUUUAUUGUGACACUGGCUACCAACUUCAUAAGCUCUGUUACUUUCUAUAUCUGUACCCAAAGCGUAAUCAAAGGCAAGAUUGGUAUACAGGGGAAAAGACUGUACAAGUUAUUUUCUUAGGGCUUUUAAACCACAGUUAAAAAGCAUGUUGUAUUUAUAAUGGCUAUAUGUUGUGCCUGUUUUAUUUUAUUUGUUUCCUAAAUUUAAAACAAAACUAUGAUAUGCUUUUCAUUUGACUACAUUGCUUUGCAUUCUGUCUGUUUUCACUCUAAUGUCAACUAUCAGAUAUCACAAUAAAUUGUCAAUGGCA